CUCCAUGUCUGCAGGAUCCAUCUGAUGGCAGGGCGGGUUCCCCUGGGCGCAGACCGGGCAGCAGUGGCAGGUGAGAUGGAAACCACCUUCGUUGAAAACCUCAGAUACGCUGCUGACCUCCUGGCCCAGGAAGGCAUGAUCGGACUGGUAGAGCCUAUUAACAACCGCAUCACUGACCCUCGUUACUUUCUGAACACCCCGCACCAAGCUGCUGCCAUCCUGGAGAAGGUGGGACGGCCCAACCUGAAGCUGCAGCUGGAUCUCUUUCACUGCCAGAUCAUGGAUGGGAAUUUGUCACGCAACCUGGAGACAUACUUCCCUCUCAUCGGUCAUAUCCAAAUUGCGCAGGUGCCAGGGCGGCACGAGCCUGACAGCCCUGGGGAGUUGAACUUCUCCUACAUCUUUGAGUUCCUGGAGUCCCUUGGCUACACUGGCUAUGUGGGGUGCGAGUAUGCUCCAAAAGGAGACACUUUGGAAGGUCUGGGCUGGCUGCGCUCGUACUGGGAGAGCAGAGGCCUGCAGCAUGGUGGGACCAGCAAGGCAGCAGAGUAAAAGAAGGAAAACACUGGAAUAAAAGUCAAAGCAAUGGCUUAACAGAGGAGCGUGUCUGUCUGCUCUCUGACUCGGGGCAAAGUGAGGAGCAUCUAUGUCCUACUGCCCUUCCCCAGGCCCUGCUGGGCCAGCCCAAGCAGUUAGGCCCUCACCUACUCAAGCACCAUCUACAGCACGUGGUAUUUGGGGAUGGCCUGGGCACCGCUGUAGGUGACUUGAGGUACAGAGGAGCACCUUUACCUCUGGUCUGCAGAGGUGUCCAGGGAAAGGUUUCCAGUCUCCCCUGCUGAGGGGAACAUUUGCUCCUUGGGAAGGGUUUUCCCAGUCCUGCUCCAGCUGGUGCCUGGAACUGUGGGAAAAGGGCUCUAGACUUCCAAGUCCUGCAGUUCUGGGGGCUGCUGCCAGUGCCCAGCACUAACCCUGCAGCAGGUGGGGAAAGUGAAGCCAGCAGCCCCCUCGCAGGCUGCCCGAACCAGGGUAACAGGCUGGGGGGUGCCUGCCCAUGGAUGCCUGGGGCUGCCUGCCCUGCUGCCCCAGCUCCAGAGCAAGUAUGAGACUCCAGU